UACCAGGAUAUACACUCCAAAAAAAAAAAAGAUAACGAAUAAUAAACACGAAAUAAAUUAAAAAUUAUGUCAGAAAUAAAUGCAAGUACUUAUGAGCUAAUGUAAACAAUAUUAUUUUAAAGACAUGGCGGUUUAUGCGGCUCAUCUAACACGAACGCUUCAAGGCACGCCGUCGGUUUUUCAAGUUACAGCUCAGGAAGCUUUGGGUGCUACCGUCAAGCCAGCUUUACGGAAACUUGUUGAGUACUUAGCAUCAGUGUACCCAAAGAAUAAGUGGAGUGAGAGAUGGUAUGAUGAACUGUAUCUGUUGAUGGACUGCAGCCUACAGUACCACUAUCUAAAACAUUAUGCUGCGUCAUUCUCUGAAUGUUUCUAUGGUUUAAUGAGAGUCCCAUUAACAAGCAACAAUGAGUUCAGUACUGGUCACCGAUUACCAGUUCCACUGGAAAAGGGCUCAUUGGCAUUACUUGUUCUCCUUUCUUACUUCAAGGACAAAGUGGAGAAGAUGGUAAACCAGUGGAGAGAAGAUAAUGAGGAUGGGAGAUUAGGAAAGAGUAACUCAGACAAGGCCCGCAAAGCAGCAGUCCACCUAUACUCUUUAACUCAUCUAGUCUCUGAGGCAGCCAAACUUAUAAUCCUUGCUCGGUACCUCAUAGGAUCUUCUCGUUCUCCCUCACCAUCGUUACUUCUGUUGGGUCUUACGCUGACUAAUGCCCCACCACCAGAACCUGAAGAAAAUACCUGGAGUGAUCUGGGUAGAAACUUACUGAAAGGACAUAUUGGGAGCGCCACAAUAACUUUCCCAAUGGUUUGGGGCGCUAUGGCAGGCGCAGUGCAGUGGGGGGCAUUCUUCGUCCAAUUCCUGCGCUGGUGGGAGACUCGACCUGGACUAACUAUGGAUUCGCUUCCCUCACCUCCUCCCCCGACUCGUGAUGAAAAGGCAGUGCGUUACACAAAUAAAUGUCCCGUUUGUCUGCAGUCUUGGAAGGUGCCUACUGUAUUGCCAGUAUCAGGGUAUAUUUUCUGCUAUUCGUGUAUCGCGCGACACCUGCGCGCUAACCAAAUAUGUCCUGUGACGAUGCUUCCAGCUACUGAAAGAUCUCUAGUGAGACUGUAUAUAGAUACCUAAAUUUAGCUAGAUAGCAUUGUUACCAAAAUCGAUUAUAAAAUAAUAUAUGAAUAAUAUUUAUAUUUUUUUUAAUGUUUGUUAAAACAUUAGGAAAUAUUCUAAGCAUAAUUACUAAGAUUUGUAUAUAAAUAUGACAGACUGAUAAUGGGAUUUCAAUGUUUAUGGUUUUUGAUUUUAACUAUAAUCAACGUGAACGAAAUUGAAUACUUUCUAUACAAAAACUUGAUGCGUAUUUGGUAAAACAGCACGAACCAUACAAUAAUCGGUAUUCUUAAUUUGGAAACGCUGCGUCAUCAAUAUUUUAUUAACAAGAUGUUUAUAUAUAGUAGAUCUGUGAAGACAUUCACAGAUUCAGAUUCUACGUAGUUUUUCUGUCCACCCAGAAGUCGAACAAAUGUAAAACUUAUAAAAGAUAUUGUUCACACAACACAACAAAUUUUAAAAAGUGGAAACUAUGAAUUUAUGAUAUGACCAAGCUGCUGACAAAAUAUGUACAUAUACAAAAACAAGCAGCCCAUACAAAAUAGCUUUAAGUAUUGCGAUUUAAAUCAAUUCCUCUGUCCUUUUCUUUAGUUUGAAAAUAGCUAAAUAGACUGAUUAAUUUGUUCUAGAAAUCAGACACUGACGUUAAUUUAUGAUUUAAAGAUUGAGAAUGUGUCUAUAUUCUUGUAUAUCAUACAAGUUCUUACAUUUAAAUUAUUGCUUUUGUUUUCAUUUAUAGAUUUUAGAGAAACAUAAGAUACAUAUAGUUGUACAAAAUUUAUUUAUUAUUGAAAAUAUGUUACUUGUUGACUGCACUUGAUGUGGUGCAUAUAUAGGGGCUGUGGUUAUAAUAAAUUAUACAAUCUUUUA